GUCUAAUGAAAGUUAUUAAAAUCAAUCUUUCUUUCAUCCAUAUAAGCAUGGAUAAAAAUAAAAGAUUCACUAAACCAAGUGAAUCGAAAGAAAUGGGAAAAGUGACAGACGAGAAUCCGGGGUUCGAGGCUUCCAUGGACUGAGAAUGAUAAGGGUUCCGCAGGGACUUUUCAGCGUUACACAAGAAUUAAUGAAAAAACAGGGCACAAACUGUCGAAUUCGUUGCGGAUAUGAUCAAGUCUGAGCUAUUUUAUUGUUUUGUUGGAUUCUUUGGUACUCAGAUGGCAAGUCAGGUGGAGGGAGGUGGCCAAAACUGUCAAGCCCACGUGUCUUGUAAGGAAAGCACUGCUGCCAUUGGCAUCCCUACCAUCCUCUCAUGACGUCAUCGUUACCUCUAGCGCCUUGCCUUUGCCUUUGGCCAGCUGACUAGAUACAGCUAUAUUUUUGUUUCUGUUUAGCCAAAUCAACAAUCAUGGAGCACCCAGAUGAAGCAGUGGAGGCUAUCAGGCAUCAGGACAAACCGGUCAAUUUCAUUUGCAGAGAAUUAAGUAAGAAGCGCAAGUUGGAAGAGCAAUUAAACUUACCAUUACCAAAAUACAAGUUCAACACAAAGCUAGGCGAUUCUGAGAGAGAAUGCCCUUUGCUUGAUGCUUGUAGUGUGUGCAAUGAUUCCUCGAGAAGUUUGGACUUUGUCACACUGCCUGAAACUGAUUCUGCUGUGUCGGAAGUCACUUUUGUGAAUGAGAGCACUGUGUUGGCAUCAAAUGAAGGAAAAUUAGAUACUAAUGCAGAUAUUAAAAGGUCUGGCAGCGUUAGAUACAGCAUUAUCAGAGAAAAAAAGGAUGGAAAUGGUGCAAAAUCUAGUUCUUUACUACAGUUCAAUUUGGAUCCUGCAGAUGAAAGACCAGUAUCUUGUUCAACGGGAUAUUCUUGCAUUUCUGAAUUACCCAAGCAUACAGCCUGUGAUGCUUCAUGUAGUUACAAUCAAUUAUGUCAACCUACUGUCAAUCAAUCUUGUAACAUUCCUAGUAACGAAUCUUGCAGUUCUCCACACGCUUCUACAACCUUUGUUGGACCAGAGCUUUCUGAGCAUUCUAUGUGUUCAUUAGGCAGAAACGCAACUAAAAAGAGAACACCCACAGAUUUGGAUUGUCUGCAUGUGAAUUUAAAAGAUUGCACAGACAAAGAGGAUAAACUAUAUGCUCAACAAUCAUAUUUGGAACAUGAUCAGUUUAAUAGAUGUCUUUCCAAAGAUGGUACAUUGGGAGCAGAGGAAAAUGAUGUAAAUUUACUGGCAAUAGAUACAGCUGAAACAAAUUCUGUAGGCUCUUUAGACUCUACAAUCAAGCCUGCCAUCGGUAAAAGGCACAAGUCUGUUAAUACAACAAGCGGCACAUGGGAAUUUGGUUCUGGAAGUACAAAGGGUAGCCACAUAAGGGCAGAGUACCAGUUAUUAGCAUCAACUGACAAUAGUUCCCCAGUUGAAUAUGGAAGUAGUCAAAAUUCUCUAGUUUGCCAUUCAAUGGGCAUCUCUUCUCCACGCAGGGACAUUGGGGGUUCAAUCACAUCAAAUGAAACAUAUAAAGAACUAGAUGCUAAUGAUGAAACGUAUUCAGAAAGAGAGACCCUAAGCAACGAAAUUAGUGCUGACAUCACUGAGACAUUGCCAGCAUAUGUUCUUUCUUCUGGACGUGUAAGCCAUAAGAAAGAGGAGCAUAGGGAUUCAAGACCCCUAACAAUUGAUCAAGACUUCGAACAGUAUUUUUCUAUGUUAAUGCUCUGACCAUAGCUUUCAAGUUAUUUGUAAAUUAGAACUAGAUUUGUUCAUAUGAAUAUCUCUUUCUAGAUUUUUUAACAGAAUGUUUCAACUUUCCAUGUCCCUUCUAUCGUGCAAAGGUUUAAUUUCGAGAGAACUAGGGAAAUUUCUCACUACUUUUCCCGGCAAUAGCGUUUCUGGUGCAGAAGGUAAAAACUUUGAAAAAGGGCAUGUACUAAGAGAGCUUUGAGUUUGGUUCUAGAAAGAGUUACAUGUACAAAAGCUUCUUUGGUAAAUGACUAUUAGUGAGUUACGAGAA